AUGCCAUCGCAAAUUUCAACACUUAUGUUUGUACGAACACAACCAUGGAGGAGCUUGCGACCCUGGACGCGGCCUCUAUACCACACAAACGUGCUCUCUCUACGCAUGAAUAGUCAUAGAUCCAAUAUGGGACCGUCAGCUUCAAGUGGUGAGAAACUAGAGCUCGAUCAAUUAUUACGUGAUUUGGACUUGUUUAACGAACCCCAAAAUGAUGAAAAGAGUCCAAGCAAUAACCAAGAGAUUACAAAAGAGCCUUUGAAUCGUGAAAACCAGUUGGAAAACGACCUCGAACUGCUUUUUGGAAAAGUCCAACAAGAACAAGAAGAGCACCUUGAUCGCAACGAACAAAUUAUUAACGAGGAAAAGAAUUUAUUUCAAAGAAUAUUCACCUCGUAUAUUGAUUCAGAGCCCAAAGAAUCCCCAGAGAACAUUUUAAAAGGUAUAAAUCAGCCAACUUUUCGCAGUUCUCGAAUCCAUUCUGUAUCUGAAAAAAUCAGAGACGACGUCUUUACCAUGACGGAUAAUGCAUUGAGUGCCACACUGGACUAUAUACAGAGCCUUCCGACCAGCCAGGAGGUCACGGAGUUUCUUCUGAGCACUCUUGACAGAUGGCUCGCACAAGACAGUGCUGCAAAAAAUGAUGGACAAGUUCAAGAAUCGAUAUAUCUCAACAAAAUCCUCAACAGCAAAGGCAAAAGGAUCACUGAGAGCCACACCAAGUUUAUUGACAAAGUCAAGGCUACUAGUGAAGCUCAACCAGAAAAACCAUCACUUAACAUCUUCACCUUACCUAUCCUAUUCAACAAGUGUAUAGCUCGUCUCUCAGCUUCAGGAGACGGGGUUCUCGCCUUCACGAUAUUCAACCGGCUCAAAAGCCAUAUUCACAUCUAUACUAUAUGUUGCAACCAAAAAACGUUCAAUGAGAUGAUGAAGAUAGCAUGGGUGAAUACUAUGGAUCUUUACACCGUGGAAAAACUAUACUUUGAAAUGGUAGGAAACGGGUUCACUGGCGACUACCACACGUUCCACAUUCUCAAGAGCAUUAUUGUGGAGUACUAUGGCAUGAAAAUGGGCACUAUGAACUCUCCAAUCUGGUCGCGACAAGACGAUAUUCGGGUGGAAAGUUUGGAGAAGAAGUUGGCGACAUUAGCGCGGCAGUUGCAAUAG